CGGCCAGCUGUUUUUUUGGGUGUUUCUGCUGUGCAUGCGUGGGGGGCACAUGCGUGGGGGGCACAUGCGUGGGGUCAUGAAUGCAAUUUUUGGGGUCAUGCAGAGGUUCAUGCAUGCAUGUGCAGGGGGAGUGUUGUAUGCGCGCUGCAUUAUGGCAUGCAACAACAAUAUUAGCCAUCACUGCUAUAUAUCAUGAUCAUCAACUUCCAUCUAUGCUUGAGUACAACUUCAUUGGCUCUGCUUGCAUGCUAUGCAGUAUGGAAAUUAUAGUUUCACAUUGAAGACCAUCACAGGGAUGGAUAAGGAGGAUUGUUGUUUAACAACAAUUGUUGAUCUUGAAAGACACCAAGAACUGUUCUUUGGGGAACUGAAUGAAUAAGAAAGGGGACAUCAUGGUGGGACAUGUUUAUUUAAAAAAAACCCAAUAUGAUGCAGAAAUGAAUAGAAUAUGAAACAGGUACUCUGCCCAUGUUUAAGCCCUGCUCUUUAUUUGCACAUUCAAAGAUCACCUAUUCUAAUGCUACCCGCCCAUCUAAGGUCUCAUUCACUGCAAAGAUGACGUUCUCCAGAAAUGUCGGAAGCUCAUUUUUUUUGGUUCCGCUAGAGUUUAUCGGGAGUUGUAGUUUGAAGAGGACUAGCUCCCCACAACUGGUCGUAAUUGUUCUUUUCUUUUAAACUACAACUCCCAGCAGACACCGCCACCGCCCAGGAAAUGUACGUAGAUGGCCCGAUGCGGAGAUCGCUGGUGGAGCAGCUCCAAUGAACUCCUGGGAGGUUCCCAUGAACUUUCUGGAAGAAGGUGGACUGGCUGAACGGUUUCUUCACAUUGAGCGAGAGCAGAUAGUCCGCCUGAACUCUCUCAGCUUCCUUGAUCCUGUCCAGUAUGUUUAUAAUCCUUUGGAUUAUGCCUGGGAGCCUCACCAGGACUAUGUACGUAAAUAUUGCCAUUCCCGGAAAGAGGUCCUCUUCCUUGGGAUGAAUCCAGGGCCUUUUGGAAUGGCUCAGACUGGGGUGCCCUUUGGAGCAGUGCAGCUGGUUCGAGACUGGCUGCAGAUAACCGGACAGGUGUUUCGGCCAGCCUGUGAACACCCAAAGAGGCCCAUCCGUGGCUUGGAGUGCCCCCAUACGGAGGUGAGCGGAGCCCGUUUCUGGGGCUUCUUCCGCUCGGUGUGCACCGAGCCUGAAAAGUUCUUCCAACGUUGCUUUGUACACAACCAUUGCCCGCUGCUCUUUGUCAGUCAAAGCGGGCGCAAUCUGACACCGGCUGACCUGCCAGCUGCUCAGCGUGAACAGCUUCUUCAGAUCUGUGAUGAUGCCCUGUGUGAAGCUGUGAAAUUAUUGGGUGUCACGACAGUCAUUGGGGUCGGACGCUUUGCUGAACAGCGUGCCCACAAGGCUCUGUCAGCCGCUGGUAUCCCAGUACGGGUAGAGGGGGUAAUGCACCCAUCCCCUCGCAAUCCCAAAGCUAACAAAGGCUGGGAUGCCAUCAUCCGAGCGAAACUGGAAGAACUGGGCUUGAUGGCUCUCAUCGCGGACUAACCUGAGCAUUCCAUGUUCAAGAAAGCAAAGAGCUUUUGCUUUGGUUCUCAUGGCUUCUGGAUAACGUCGGAAGCAUUAAUUCUUCUACUGGACUGAUUAGAAGAAUCGUCUAGCCUUAGGUCUAUAUACACUUUUACUUUCACUACUCUUAUUUACCUUCCUGAGGUUAAUCCAUCAUUUAGAGAUUGGCCAGAUUUUUUUUUAUAAAGGACAAGGCCACAAUAUAUUGUCCUUGGUGCUAACACUUAUUUAGGUGGCUUUAGUCUGUUGGCUACCAGUGUCUUGGUAUGCUUCACAGUCGGUAUUCAUGUUGCAGUUUUGUGCAACAAUAUUCCUGUUGAGAUUUUGCUUUUAUCUUUGUCCUUUGGGGGUGAUGUGGCUCCUUAACACUACUUAUGUUGAUGGGCUACCAGUUGAGUUAGCCCAGUAUUGUCUACUCCCAUCUAUAGCCCUUUAAAGCCUAGAUAGGCUUAGUUUUUUAUAUGUAGAGCGGGUGCUCUGACCCAGAGCCAAAUUGUGAAUCAAGAGGGAGAUGUGGGAACUGCCUCCUCGUAAUUACUCUUAAUGCUGCUGUAAUUCACAUUUGCAUAUCAGAAGCUAAGUUCUAGAACACUAGAAAAAUUAUAAGUAGAAGUAGGAAGAAUGAGGUUUGUGGUUCUGUAUGUUCCCGCAUUACUGUACUCUUUAAGACGAGCAGUUCACAUCUUGUUGCUUUCUACUUCUUGAUCAAUAGAUUUUUGGGAAAGGAACAAAGAAGGGGAAAGGGUAGGGGAAGAUGCUCCCCUCCUUCUCUUCAGUUCUUAGUUUUGUUUUGUUCUUAAUUAAAAAUAGCAGUUAGCUACUCUUGGCCAACUGCUGAGUAAGAAGCAGCAGCAGCAUUUCUGAAAAUACUUGUUCAGGAAUUUGAAGGAAAAAUGCAGGUGUAUUCCACAUAGACCAGAUUUCCCUGCAGUCUUCCCAACUGCCUGCUAUAU